UCUCAACGCCACCGCUUCAAUGCCAUUGCGCCGCGUCGCGCCGCCUAUAGACGCCGGCCGCCCACGCCACCUUCCCUCCUCUGGCUACCCACGACCAUUCACACUCCACAGACCACAGCUAGCUAAACCGAGAGGACCCAGACAUGGCGAGGCGGUGGCUGGCGGCGGCGGUGGCGGUGCUGUGUUGGUGCGCCGUGGCGGCGCAGGCGCCGCCGGCGCAGGACCCACUGCAGAGCAAGUGCCAGGGGGACUUCGGCAAGCUGACAGACUGCAUGGACUACGCGACGGGGCACGCGAGCUCGCCCUCCUCGACGUGCUGCUCCGACGCGGCGGACACGGAGAAGGCGCGGCCCGAGUGCCUGUGCUACAUCAUCCAGCAGGUGCACAGCGGCCGCAACGAGGUGCAGUCGCUGGGCCUCCGCUUCGACCGCCUCCUCGCGCUCCCCGCGGCGUGCAGCCUCGCCGGCGCCAACGUCACGCUCUGCAUCAACCUGCUGCACCUGAAACCGAGCUCACCGGACUACGCUCUCUUCGCCAACGCCUCCAAGAUCACUCCGUCAACCGGCGCCCCGGCGAGCGUCAGCACCGCCGGCAGUGACUUCAAUCUCGAGACGGGUAUCCGCUACAGCAUCGCGGCUGCCGUGGUCUCCGCAGUCCUCUCAUCCAUCUUCUGAUUCCACAAGCAACAGUGAAACAUCCUCUCUCUCUCUCUCUCUCCGUCUCAUCUUGUUUUCCUUUUUUCCUUACCUCGCAACUUGUCGCGAUGCAACGAACAAACGCUUUGUUAUCAUGUGGAUUCGUUCUGAUGUACUAGAAGUUGUCUAAUUUGUACCCACAUAAAAUAGAUCAAGAAAACCGAGACCUUUUAUUCUC